UAAUAAUUGUAAAAACUCAAUCCCGAACACCCCUUUGAUUUUUUUGCGCCUCUCUUUCCUCGACGAAUGGUGGAGGUAAGCAGUUGUUUUCACAGUUUUGACAUGUAGCGUACUUUAUUGUGGAAAAAUUGGAGCAAAAGGCCCCAAUUCCCAAAUCAAAAUGAUAACCAAAUGCUAAAUUUCAACCAACAUCCUUUGGGUUGCCUAUCUGCUUUCUACUCGCACCUCACCCAACAUAUGGUUUGAAUUUGAUGAUCCUUUUACUUUUAAUGUUACAAAAAAUCCAACUUUAUACUGUUCUCCAAGAUUUCUUGUACUUGGCCUAGGUGGUGAGUAACUGAGUAUCAUGAAAAUGUGGGAACAUAAUUCAUCUUCACCAUGGACUUCGAUUCUCUUUUGAUGAUUAUGCCCACUAGUGAACUCGGUUCCUUUGAUUCUCCGUGGAUUCAUCAGCUUCAUUGGUUUCUGCGGAUUCUUUGAAUUGCGUAAGGGGUAUGGGUUGGCUAACUAAAAUUUUAAAAGGGUCCAGCUCCAGCCAUAGAAUCUCAGAAGGUCGAUAUCAUGACAGAUAUGAAAACGAAGAAAUUUGGGAGGAGCCUCCUUCUACAGAGGAUGCAUUGUCAGACUUUGAUCAGGAAGAAAUUGACAGAGCUAUUGCGUUUUCCCUUGUUGAAGAAGAUGAGAGAAGUGCACUUUCCCUUGUAGAAGAUGACAAAAAAAGUACACGUUCAAGUGUACAUGAAGAAGAAGGCUCUGUUUCUUCUCUAGAAGAAGAUCAUAAUGAUGCAGUUUCAUCUCCAGAACCAGAAGUACGUAACAAAGGAUCAAAUUCUCCUUCUCAAGAAGAUCAGAAAGGAAAAAAAGUAAUUGAUGAAGAUCCUCAUUUGGAGGAAGAUGAGCAGCUUGCCAUGGCUAUUCAAGAAAGCUUGAACAUCAACAUGAACUCACCACCACGAAAUAGCCAUGGAAGCCUGUUUCCUCGUUUGCCAAGUUUCUUUCCAAGUGUAUACAGGAUAUGUGCAGGUUGCAAUGGUGAAAUUGGUCAUGGGAGGUUUUUAAGCUGCAUGGGAGGCGUUUGGCAUCCAGAAUGCUUCCGUUGUCAUGCUUGCAAUAUUCCAAUAUCUGAUUAUGAGUUUUCCAUGUCUGACAACCGUCCGUUCCACAAAUCAUGCUAUAAAGAACAUCAUCACCCAAAAUGCGAUGUUUGCAAGAACUUUAUACCUACAAAUGGGGCUGGUUUGAUCGAGUACAGGGCACAUCCUUUCUGGCUACAAAAGUAUUGUCCUGGCCAUGAACAUGAUGGGACCCCUCGAUGUUGCAGCUGUGAAAGAAUGGAGCCAAGAGACACGAAAUAUUUGUUGCUAGAUGAUGGAAGAAAGCUAUGUUUGGAGUGUCUUGACUCUUCAAUAAUGGAUACUCAUGAAUGUCAACCCCUUUAUCUUGAAAUCCAAGAUUUUUAUGAAGGGUUAAAUAUGAAAAUUGAGCAACAAGUUCCAUUGCUUUUGGUUGAAAGACAAGCUCUAAACGAAGCCAUGGAAGGAGAAAAACACGGUCAUCAUCAUAUGCCUGAAACUAGAGGACUUUGUCUUUCAGAAGAACAAACCAUCAGCACUAUAAUAAGGAGGCCAAGGGUAGGGGCAGGUAGAAUAAUAGACAUGUUUACAGAGCCUUAUAAACUUGUUCGUAAAUGUGAAGUGACAGCUAUUCUCAUUUUAUACAGUCUCCCUAGGUUAUUGACGGGUUCAAUUCUGGCUCAUGAGAUGAUGCAUGCAUGGCUCCGGCUUAAAGGAUACUCUAAUCUCCCCCCUGAUGUUGAAGAAGGGAUCUGCCAAGUUCUUGCUCAUAUGUGGUUGGAUUCUGAGAUCAUGGCUGGAUCUGGUGGCACUAAUGCUUCAUCAUCAUCUUCUUCAUCAUCAUCAUCAUCAUCUGUUCCUGUUUCAUCAAAGAAAGGGAAAAGGUCACAGUUUGAGAAGCAACUUGGUGAGUUUUUUAAACACCAGAUUGAGUCGGAUACAUCUGCAGCUUAUGGAGAUGGAUUCAGAGAAGGUAAUAAGGCUGUGCUCAAGUAUGGGCUUAGAAGCACUCUGGAACAUGUUAGACUUACUGGAAGAUUUCCUUGCUAGUCAACUGGAAAGUCAAUGGCUUUUGAGUGUUAAAAGAAGAAAAGAUGAAUAAAGAACUGUUCCCAUGAAUGGUUCCAACUUCCAAACCCUAUUUGGAAAGUGGCAUUACAGGAUUUUUGGUUUUUACUUUCUACAACUGUUGAUAUAUAGGGUAAAAAAUGAAAUGUGAUGAUAUAGAAUGACAUGUGUUUCUAUUUAUACAAGACCUCAGUUUAGCCCUUUCUAUUUUCUAAUGUUUUACUGCUUUACUAAAUGACCGAAAUGCUAUGUGGAAGAGGUUGCAGUUGCAUUGAAAUGAGACUCAACUGAUGUUAAAGGGACAAUAAAUUGUAAUCUUUUGUCCCAACGAAAGUGAU